CACGGGGCCAGCCCCUGCUUCCUAUUCCUUUUAAAACCCAAACUCCUUUUCAUAACCUAUCUCUGGGCUAGAUCCAGCCCCUGCCUACUUGUCUCUUCUUUAAUUUCCUGUUCCUCUUUCUCUAAUCACACUUCCAUUCUCCAAGAAGCCAAGCUGACUCUACGCCCCAAACUGCUUCCACCUGCCGUCCGCCCCGCCCCCCCGCUUCUGACUCUCUAAGUCUCAAAUUCACAUACUCAGUGUAUCAUUCAGUCAGGGUUCAACCAGAGAAACAGAACCACCAAGAGAUGUAUAUUGUGAGGUUUAUUGCAAGGAAUUGGCUUACGUGAUUGUGGGGGCUGGCUAGGCAAGACACCUGUAGGGCAGACUGGAACUCUCAUGCAGGAAUGAAGCUGCUGUUUUAUAGAAUUUUUUCUCCAGGGAAGCUCCUGUUCUACUCUUAAGGCCUUUUAACUGAUUGAAUCAGGCCCACCCAGAUUAUCUGGGGUAAGCUCCUUUCCUUAAAAUCAACUGGUUAUGGACUUUAAUCACAUCUACAAAAUACCUUCACAACGGCACCUAGAUUGGUGUUUGAUUGAAUAACUGGGGACUGCGGCCUAGCUAAGUUGAUACAAAGAACUGACCAUCACUCAGAGAAACCCUCUCUGACCACCCAUCAGAAAUAGGUCCCUCCUGCUAUACUCCUGCCUGGUUUCCUUCCUGGGAUAAGGGUGGCGACCAGCACCAGCUGUGCUUAAUUAUUUUACUAUCUUCCCCAAAGACUGUACCAUGAAAGCAAGGCCAGGUGAGUUUGUCCCUACUCUUUACUCAGCACUGACAUCAGUACCUGACACGGAGUCGAUACUAAAAAAAAAAAAAAAGUUGUUGAAUUAAUGUAUGGAUGAAUUGAGAACAUUCUGCUAUCCCCAAGCAUGUAAACACCUAUCUAUUCUCAAGCAAUUUUUCUGUCUAAAUUAAUUCGAAAGACUUCCAUGGCAUGUGGAUUAGGGUUCUCCGAAGAAACAGGACCUAGGGGAGAUAUUGAUAUAGGCAUAUACACACACAUUUAUUUUAAGGGGUUGGUUCAUGUGGUUAUGGGGGCGGCAAGUCUGAAAUUUGUAGAAAUAGACCCACAGGCUUAAAAUUCAGGGAAGAGUUGGUCUUGUGGUCUCUAGUUCACAGUCUGCAGGCUGGAAACUCAGCCAGGGUUUCUGUGUUACAGUCUUGAGGUGGAAUUUCUUCCUCUUUGAGAAACCUCAGUCUUUGCUCUUUAGGCCUUCAACUGAUUGGGUGAGGCCCACUUACAUUUUGGAUAGUAAUCUGUUUUACUCAAAGUCUACGGAUUUAAAUGUUAAUCUCAUCUAAAAAAAAAAGAAAACCUUCACAGCAACAUCUAGACUCACGUUUGACCAAACAUUUGGGCAGCCUAGCCUGAGUUGACACAAAAUGAACCAUCACUGCAUGCUUAUAAGAAGGACUAUUUUAUCAAUAUUGAGUAUAGUGCCAAGGCCCAAAAGCUUUUCAGGGACCUAUAGAAUGUUUGAGACCUGAAAAUAAAAUGAACUGAUUCCAAAAGGCAAAAAGAAAAGUACAAGUAGGAAUUAAUAAAUAUUUAAUUCAAUGACACAAAGCAUAAAUUUUUUUCAUAACAAAUUAACUGCAACUUAAUUCUUCUGCACCUAGCAAUUAUAGUUAAUGGGGGAUGUGGCUGUAUUUUAAUAUGUGUAAUAUGACGUGAGCUUAUUCAUUUCUUAGGGAGCCCUCUCCUCCCCGUUAACUGUUGUACUGUUUGUCUACGUCUUUGGGCCAUUUGUGGCCCAGAAUAAGCUAUCCAUCUGUUUGGAAACAUCCUUCUGAAGCCAAUUUAAGCAUUUCUACUUCUCCACUUCUCUUGCUUUUUGAAAAUCCCCUAUCUCUGUGGAUGAUUACUUCUUUACUUAUCUGCUACAGUACACACGUGAUAUACUGCACUUAUAGUUCUUUAAUGAAAGUAUUUGUUGCCAUUUCCAUCUCCCUAGUAGGUUGAGAGUUACUUGAGGGCACGGGCCAUGUCUUAUAUAUCCUUAUAUAUCUUUAUAUAUCCUUAUAUUCCUAGUCCUUGGCACAGAUCUAUCAUAAACUUGUAGCCCAAUAACACUCAUAAUUUUUAUUAUUCAAUUGUUUUGCCUUCAACUACAUUCAGCCAACCAGCUUUAUACUGCAUGCUUUUACAUCCUUUAUCGAAUCUUUGUAACAAUUCUGUUGAGACAGGCAUUAUUGUAUCUAAGUUUAAGAUGAAGGAGCUCAGUCUCGGAGAGGUGAAGCAAUAUGUGCUCUGAGUUCCCCAGUUAACAGGAAGCUUUCUUUCAGGUUUUCUCUUCUGUGCAGAGCUGUCUCUCACUAAGAGGUAGUCCUUGCCCUUAAGAUGCUUUUGUAUCAAGCUAUACUCUCCCCGUUCUUUGGUUAAGGCUGCUUGCUCUUGCAUGUGUCUUUGGAGAUGACAAACAGCUGGUCGGGGACAGCGCCGUGAUGCGCGGGGCUCAGUAGCUGGACUCUACUAGCCAAGAGACGGCCUGUUGAUCUUGCCUUGCCUCUGGGCAGUGUCUCCUGUAUUUCUUGCCCACAUCCCAAAGAAAAUUUCUCUUUAAGCAAUUUCCUCUCUACACUUUUGCUUCCACAAAACCUUUUUAACUUUAACAAGUGUUUAUGAGUACAUAGUAUGUGCCCAGUGCCGUUCUAAGUGCUGAGGAUACACCAAUAAACAGAAAUUCCCUCUCUUGGAGAGCUCCCACUAUAGCAGGGGAUGGGCAAUACACAAAUUGAGGAAUAGACAUACAAGGAGUGGUGACAGAUACUAUGGAAAAAAGAAAAAGAAAUAGCACAAGGAGGGCAGUGGUGGUUGGGAGGGGAAUCUUCUUCCUCUUUGAGAACCUGCCUCCUUUCCUCAUGCCCACAUUCUUGUCCCACCUCCCCAGUCCAGUGACUUGUCUGUCCACAACUGGAAAAUGAGAUUUUUCAUUAACUUAGUGAAGAAAAUAUGACAGUCCGAUGACUGGAGAGGCAAAUAACGUGGUGGGUAAAGUAAACAAAACCAGAACUUCUGAAAGCGAUGUUUUUCCUACAUUGUUAAGUGAUAUAACCCCAAAAUGCGUUUUGGUUUCCAUAGUGCAGUUCCCUUUAUCAGAAAGCCAACUUGUAUGCUGCUUAUCUCCCGUGCUGUGUUUGCCUUUUGCUCACCCAGACCUUCCUAAACCGUAUAAAACAAUCAAGGGGAGCCUGGUUGAGGUUUCUCUUGCAGGAAGACACUGGUUACAGACCCUGGAGAGGACAGUGUCUUCUGUUCCAGUUCAUGAUGGGUUGGCUUCAGCUGUUCCUUCUCCAUCCUGUAUCACUUUAUCAAGGGGCCGCUUUUCCUUUUGCACUUCUAUUUAAUUACCUUUGCACUAUGGAUUCAUUUUCCACUCAUGCCAGGUACCUCUUUCUGCUGGCAGGAGGAGGCGCCCUGGCCUUGGCCGCUAUGGGUCCCUUUGCUGUGCUUGUCUUCAUCCCUGCGAUAUGUGCUGUGUUUCUGAUCUGCUUGCUCAGCCCACAGGAAGUCCACAGGCAGACUUUCUGCUUUCAGAUGAGCUGGCAGACGCUGUGUCACCUGGGUCUGCACUAUACUGAGUAUUAUCUGCAAGAACUUCCUUCCAUGAGGUUCUGCCUCGCUCUUUCUUCCCUCAUGCUCUUGACCCAGAGGGUCACAUCCCUCUCUCUGGACAUUUGUGAAGGGAAACUGGCAGCAGCAUCAGGAGGCACCAGGAGCAGAAGCUCUUUGUCUGAGCAUCUGUGUAAGGCACUGCCCUAUUUCAGCUACUUGCUUUUUUUUCCUGCUCUCCUAGGAGGCCCUCUGUGUUCCUUCCAGAGAUUUCAGGCCCGUGUUCAAGGGCCCAGCAACUUGUGUCCCAGGCACCCUUUCAGGGCUCUGACCUGGAGGGGUCUGCAGAUUCUGGGACUAGAGUGCCUAAAGGUCGUCAUGAGGGCAGUGGUGAGAGCAGGAGCAGGACUGACCGACUGCCGGCAACUCCAGUGCAUCUAUGUCAUGUGGUCCACAGCCGGGCUCUUCAAACUCACCUACUACUCCCACUGGAUCCUGGAUGACUCCCUCCUGUGUGCAGCGGGCUUUGGAUCUGAGUUUGGGCAGAGCCCUGGUGAGGACGGAUACAUCCCUGAUGCAGACAUUUGGACGCUGGAAACAACCCACAGGAUAUCCCUGUUUGCGAGAAAGUGGAACCAAAGCACAGCUCGGUGGCUCAGACGCCUCGUAUUUCAGCACAGCAGGGUCUGGCCGUUGUUGCAGACAUUUGCAUUCUCUGCCUGGUGGCAUGGGCUCCAUCCAGGACAGGUGUUUGGUUUCCUCUGCUGGGCUGUGAUGGUGGAAGCUGACUACCUGAUUCACACCUUUGCCAAAUUGUUUAUCAGAUCCUGGCCGAUGAAGCUGCUCUAUAGAACUCUGACCUGGGCCCACACCCAGCUCAUCAUUGCCUACAUAAUGCUGGCCGUGGAGGUCAGGAGCCUCUCCUCUCUCUGGCUGCUGUGUAAUUCUUACAACAGUGUCUUUCCCAUGGUGUAUUGUAUUUUGCUUUUGCUAUUAGCAAAGAGAAAGCACACAUUUAACUGACAUCUUUCCCUGGCCUUCAACUUAUAUAUCCAUGAAACAGAGUUUAGAAAAUGCCAGACAGUGCAUUGAUGAUGCGUAUGUUUCAACUUUUCCAUAAUAAAAGCGUUUUCAAAGUCCAGGAUGUAUAUAC